GCGAGAGGGAUGCAGCGCGCGCUCGGCGCAGCCUGAAAAUGGCAACCCUUUGGAUUUAUCCGUCCCUUCUUUUCUUUCUCUUUCCCUCCCUCACACCGAGUCAAGCCUUACGGAAUUACCCAGAGAAUGAAGUUACAUUGCUGGACACAAUGUCUGCUCUGGGAGACCUUGGUUGGGAGGCCUAUCCUGCUGAAGGGUGGGAGGAAAUCAGUGUGAUGGAUGAGAGAAACACCCCCAUGCGUUCCUACCAGGUUUGCAACGUGAUGGAGGCCAGUCAGAAUAACUGGCUUCGCACUCGGCACAUUGCCCGGGAAGGAGCCCAGCGGGUCUACAUCGAGAUCAAGUUCACCCUGCGUGACUGCAACAGCCUGCCAGGAGUCCCCGGCACCUGCAAAGAAACCUUCAACAUGUACUACUAUGAGUCCAACAACCCCAACCUGUGGUUCAUCAAGGAGAGCCAGUACAUAAAGAUUGACACCAUCGCCGCUGACGAGAGCUUCACACAGACCGACGUCGGUGAUCGGGUCAUGAAACUAAACACGGAAAUCCGGGACAUCAAUAACUUGAGCAAGAAGGGUUUUUAUCUGGCUUUCCAAGAUGUCGGAGCCUGCAUCGCGCUGGUGUCUCUGAGGGUCUUUUAUAAGAAGUGUCCUCUGGCGGUGUUGAACUUGGCCCAGUUUCCCGAUACGGUGACUGGAGGAGAUUCCGCUUUGGUGGAGGUUAGAGGGUCUUGUGUGAAUGAUUCGGAGGAGUUUGAGGCUCCGAGGAUGUACUGCAGUGGAGAUGGUGGAUGGCUGGUGCCCAUCGGACGCUGCGUCUGCAAGCCGGGCUUCGAGGAGAAUAAGGACUACUGUCAGGCCUGCAGGCCAGGCACCUACAAAGCCUCUUCCAUGGACGCCUACUGCUCCAAAUGUCCUCCACACAGUUUCUCUCACCAGGAAAAGGCUUCUGAAUGUUCCUGUGAGAAAGGAUUUUACAGAGCUGACAUGGACCCGCGGUCAAUGGCCUGCACCCGGCCUCCGUCAGCACCGGAGAACCCGAUCUCCACCCUGAACGACACCUCAGUGACUUUAGAAUGGAGUCCUCCUCGAGACAGCGGCGGACGAGGAGAUGUGACCUACAGCAUACACUGCAGAAAGUGUGCUGGCGACGGAAGGAUAUGCAGCCCCUGCAGCAACAAUGUCCACUUUGUCCCAAGACAGUUCGGCUUGUCGAUCCCAAAAGUGCUGAUCACAGACCUGCUCUCCAACACCAACUACACCUUCAGCGUUGAAGCGGUGAAUGGGGUGUCAGAUCUGAGCCCAACCCCUAAACAACUAGUCACAGUCAACAUUACCACCAGUCAGACAGUGAAUGUGAUCCUGAAGGAGAGAAAGAGUAAAGACAGUAUUACCCUGGCAUGGCAGGGGCCCGACAGACCAAACGGAGUCAUAGUGGAAUAUGAAGUCAUCUACUAUGAGAAGAACCAAAGAGACCAGAACUACACAGUUCUGAAGACCAAAGGGCACAUGAUGACUGUGGAGGGCCUGAAACCAGGAACCACAUACGUGUUCAGAGUGAGGGCUCGCACUGAUGGAGGAUACGGCAACUAUGGUGGAGAGAUCGAGCUGGAGACCAGUCAUGAGGAUAUGCUGGCCAUUGGGGACCCGAACCAGUCCACAAUCCUAGCUGUGUCCAUAGCUGGAGGCAUUGUGCUGCUUAUCUUCCUGGUUGCGUGUUUUGUAGUGAGCGGACGACAUUGUGGCUACAUUAAAGCAAAGCAAGAUCCAGAUGAAGAAAAAAUGCAGUUUCAGAAUGGCAGAGUGAAGCUGCCAGGAAGCAGGACGUACAUUCACCCGCACACUUAUGAGGACCCAAAUCAAGCCGUUCGGGAUUUUGCUAAGGAAAUUGAUGCCUCCACUAUACGUAUCGAGAGAGUUAUAGGGGCAGGUGAGUUUGGUGAGGUGUGCAGUGGCCGUCUGAAGCUCCCCAGCAAGAGGGAAAUCUAUGUGGCUAUCAAGAGUCUGAAAGCAGGAUAUUCAGAGAAACAGAGGCGGGACUUUCUGAGCGAGGCCAGCAUCAUGGGCCAGUUCGACCAUCCCAACAUCAUCCGACUGGAGGGAGUCGUGACCAGAUGCAAGCCCGUGAUGAUUAUUACAGAGUACAUGGAGAAUGGAUCGUUGGAUACUUUCCUGAAGAAGCAUGAUGGGCAGUUCACAGUCAUUCAGCUGGUGGGCAUGAUGCGUGGCAUCGCUUCAGGAAUGAAAUAUCUGUCUGAUAUGAGCUACGUCCACCGUGAUCUGGCAGCUCGCAACAUCUUGGUCAACAGUAACCUGGUGUGCAAAGUGUCUGACUUUGGCCUGUCCAGAGUGCUGGAGGAUGAUCCUGAAGCUGCGUAUACAACACGGGGUGGAAAAAUCCCCAUUCGAUGGACAGCCCCAGAGGCCAUCGCGUACAGAAAGUUCACCUCAGCGAGUGACGUGUGGAGUUACGGCAUCGUCAUGUGGGAGGUGAUUUCAUACGGAGAACGGCCAUAUUGGGAGAUGUCUAAUCAAGACGUGAUUAAAGCUAUAGAUGAGGGUUACAGGCUUCCCGCCCCAAUGGACUGCCCCGUGGUCCUUCAUCAGCUCAUGCUGGACUGCUGGGAGAAAAGCAGAAGUGAACGGCCCAAAUUCGGGCAGAUCGUCAACACUCUUGACAAACUUAUCCGCAACCCCAACAGUCUGAAGGAGCUCGCUAACAGCUCAGUUUGGGAAGACCCCACCACCCCAGAGUUCAGUGUGAGUACGGUGGAUGAAUGGCUGGACGCCAUCAAUAUGGGCCAGUACAAGGACAACUUUGCCAAUGCGGGUUAUGUUUCCCUAGAUUCCAUUCUGUACAUCAGCAUGUGUGAGUUGAGCAAGAUGGACGUGACUCUGGUGGGCCACCAAAAGAAGAUUCUCUCCGCCGUCCAGAGUUUGCACGCACAGGGGACACACGUGCAGGUAUAACAAGCCUGAGAGCAAACAGACUGAGAGUUAACAACUGCUCCCACCACGGUCCCUAUCAGCAGCUUCACCACACACCUCAAACCCUGGAUGUUUCCGCAUACGACCCUUUCUCAGCUUCUGUCCAUGCACAUCAGAGCUUCCUAGGAGAGGAAAACACACAAAAAAUCAGAAAAGAAGGAACAGUAAUUCACAGUUUGCGUUUCAUUCAUGCAUAUCAGAGGUCGGACUGUUAUUCAUAGAAAAAGGAGGGUUGUUUUGUUUUCUCAAGUCCAUGUUUGGGGUAUCAGUCUGUCUUUCUACAUCCACUAUAAGCCACAGUUAAAUGACAGAAGAUGUUUAUAG